AUGAGCUACUACUGCGUCCUCGUCGGCACGCGCGACUGCCCGCUGUACGAGGCCUUCCUCACCUCGAGCAAGGCCGCAGCCUCGACCACCAUCUCGGUCACCAACCCGUCCCCGGCCGUCCCCUCGGCCUUCUCCAUCUUCGGCGCGACCCUCCCUGCCGCCGCGACUCCAUCGUCCGCGCAGCUCGGCGCACCGCCACACGCCGGUCACGCGCCUCAGAGCACCGUCGGCUAUGGGACCAAGACGGGGCCCAACGGCCGGCACGUCAUGCAGCUCGUCGCCCACGCCAGCCUCGACGUCGUCGAGGACGUCCAGUGGACCAACGGCGGCAUGUACCUCAAGUCGAUCGACAAGUUCCACGAGUGGACCGUCUCGGCGUGGCUCACCCCGGGCGGCGUCAAGAUCCUCCUCCUGCACGAGCUCAAGAACGACGACGGCAUCCGCCUCUUCCUCCAGGAGGUCUGGGAGACCUACGUCAAGACCCUCCUCAACCCGUUCCACGAGCUCAACGCGCCCAUACGCAGCCCGACUUUCGACGCUCGAGUGCGCGCGAGCGCAAAGAAGCACCUGUGA